GGGAGUGGAGGAAGUACAGCACAAGUACAGGCAGCAGCAGGAAGGUCACUGUAGAUUAUUAUUACAGACAGUACUCAUGCAGGGACUCUCAUGCUGGAAGCGUUUACAGUAACGUUGGCUGUUAUAGCCUCUAUUGCAGCGUUAUAACCUAAAUGGACAAGGAAGAAAACAGAGAAGUUUGAGAUUGUGAGGAGGAAACAGCAGGUGUGAGAUUGCAGAGAGGAAAGAGUGAUUACAUAUGCCACGUGUACAGGACACAGGACGGGAGGCAGGACACAGUGCGGGGUCACACCCUGCAGGAGAAGGAUACAAGAUGUCUGAUUACAUCAUCCGGCUGUACAAGGACUCGGACUACCAAGCGGUGAGGGACCUCUUUGCCCAGGGGACUCUAGAACAUACUCAAGUUGCCUUCAAGCAUGGUCUCUCCCUUCCACGUAUUUGGUUAUUACUAUUAGUCGCCUUCUUCUUGCCCCUUCUGAUCCUCAGGUCCGUGGUCUUCUCCUUUGUAGUAGUAUUCUUAGCCUUCAUCAUCCUCUGGUUGGGCACGAGAGACCUCUACGAUUCCUAUGUCAGGCACGCUCUCUCCGACGACAUGCUGGAUAUCCAGAAGUUCUACCUGCAGAGAGAUGGCUACUGCUUCUGGGUGGCCGAGUCGGCCGGAGAAGUGGUAGGAAUGGUGGUAGCUAUACCAUCAUCGCACCCGGGAGGGGACAACCAUACAGAACUUAGGAGGAUGUCGGUGGCCCAAAGCCACAGAGGCAGGGGAAUCGCCAAAGCACUCUGUAGGACAGUCAUUGACUUUGCCCGUGGACGCGGUUGCAGUGCGGUCAUCCUGGAGACAACAUUGGGCCAUCGGGCGGCUCACGGAUUGUACCAGAGUAUGGGCUUCAAGUGGCAGCAUUCAACGUUUCUGAAACACCCUUUGGCGAAACUUGUAGAUUUUAAGUUCUUAUUCUAUAAGUACAAUAUUCCAACAAUGAGCAAGUAAUGUCCUAAUGGAAGUAUAUGGCCCCAUCCAUGAGCUGUCUUCUGAUUCAGAGGUGCUCUCAAAUUGGUGCACCCUCACUCAUCUUGAACUGGGUGGACAUUGGAUGAUAUUCUGGACAAUUUCUCAUUUUGAGAUGAAUCGUAAAUCGUCCAGUAUGUACGCUUGUCGCAUCUUCAUGUUUGCCUGCAGUGCAGCCAGUUCUGGAUUUGGGCCUACUUCAGCAUGGAUCUGCAAUCCAUUACACUGACAUGCGAGGGGACGCUGCAUAGGGCAAGUGCACCGCGCAUGCCAGAUCCAGCCCCCCACCCCCGCGCACAUGCAAAAGCAUUGCGCAGUGGAGAUGCUUUCGCAUGUUUAGGGUAGCCCUUUGCCUAGCUGCUAUGGAAGAUGGCUACCCGCCAUGCUUUGGGUCACAGCAGCUGCGUAUGAUGUCCCUUAAACGACGCCGUGACUCCCCUCCCUCCCUCCCUCCCGCCUCCUGCCCAAUCAGGCAGAGGCAUUUGCAGAUGUGAAAUACCGUAUAAUCUCACUGUGUGCGCAUGCGCAUUGCGUCUUCUGCGCGUGCGCACACUUCACAGGUCACCAGCAUGCGAAUAUUGCCGCAGCAGCGUUCCAUGCUGAAAUAGGCCCUAAAUCAUUAACGAUUUUGAGCAAAUUGUCUAGUGUGUACGCCCUACCUACAGCAGGCAUGGGAUCUCGCUAACCUGCACUAGACAGGUAAAAGCUGAUUGCUGAUUCGUCGCUGUAGUUUCAGCACUUAGAUGCAUACAGUUCUAUGGAGCAACGAACUUUGUAGGAUUUCAUUUACUCAUUACAAUAGAUCCCAAUGUCCCAUCAGAAGCUUUUCUAUGACAGGUGAGACACUCUGAGACCAGUGACACUGCACCCGCACUUAUCACACAUCUAUAGUAACAUAUGGAGUUUUCUUUAAUGUCUCACAAAAUCUUCCCCUGGAUGUACACACUGAAACCAAUGACACAAUUAUAAAUAAAGACUAAUCACUUGA